CUUUGCAACCUCCACAGGAGGACACAAUGCAGACUAGGCUUAGCGUAGCUCCUGGGCCAGAUACCUAAGAGUGAGCAGAGCGGUACUGUCAAGAGUAACUGGGACCAAACAGGCAACUUCUUUGGAGCAAUGGGAGCAUCCAGCCAGGCCCCAGAACUGCGAGGACGGAAUGCGCAUCGCGACGCAAGAGGAGCCAGCCUCUAGCCCGGGGCAGAGCGGGGAAGGAAGCCAGCAGGUGGACUGCCGUAGCUCACAGGGACUGGCAUCGAGGUGUUGGGGUGGCAACUGAGAUGAGGGAGACUGAGGCGGGAAGACUGAUAGCACUUUAGCAUAGCCUCGGGGUCCUGUAUUGGAGUCCUUGAAGGGAGAUGCGUGGUCUGUAGGGAGCCUGGGUGUGAGCAGCACUUAGUUAGCUACACCCGCUCCGCCCCCUCCCCCGACACCUCUCACCCCACCCCCACCCCUGACCCCUUUGCUCGGAUUGCCAUCUUCCCCAGUUGGGGACGGCUCCCCACUCUGGUAGUCCAGGGAAGAGCGGGGCCUGCAGAGCCUGGAACCCCACAGUGACCACGUGAUCCUAGGAACUUGGACUUGGGGGCGGCAGGUAGGAGCGGGGUUCGUUUCCUCUAGCUCUUCGGCACCCUGGAACGGAGCCUGGGAUAGGGUUCCUACUUCCCUUGGGUGUGUGUGUCUCUGGCUCUUUUUGGAAGCAAGUUCGAACAAUGAUCACAGUCAAUUCCGAUGGAAAAAUAAUGGUCAGAAGAUGUCUGGUCACCUUGAGACCCUUUAGGCUAUUUGUUCUGGGAAUCGGUUUCUUCACACUCUGCUUCCUGAUGACAUCCCUGGGAGGCCAGUUCUCUGCCAGACGCUUGGGAGAUUCACCUUUUACUGUCCACACUGAAGUUAUUGGUGCGUUGGAAUCCCGGGUUGUCCUACGAAAGAUGAGCGACCUACUGGAGUUGAUGGUGAAGCGCAUGGACUCAAUGGUGCGUUUGGAGAAUGGCAGUGAAUUGCACAGGGGUGAUGAGGAACAUGCUGUGAAUAGGUUCCCACCAGGUGCCAAGCUGAUGGAGAAGAUCCAGGCCAUUGCCCAGAAUGUCUCUGACAUUGCCGUGAAGGUGGAUCAAAUCCUGCGCAACAGUGUCCUGCACAGCAAGGUGUAUGAAGGCCAGCGUGAUCAAUGUGAGGUGCCCAAUGACCCCAAAUACCCAGACUGCUCUGGAAAGGUAGAGUGGAUGCAUGCUCGAUGGACUUCUGAUCCCUGUUAUGCCUUCUUUGGUGUGGACGGCACUGAGUGCUCCUUCCUAAUCUACCUCAGUGAAGUAGAGUGGUUCUGUCCCUUAAUGUCUUGGAGGAAUCAAUCAGCAGUGUUACCUGCCCCUAAGCCCCUGCCCAAAGUCCAGGCAGCUUUCAGGAGCAAUCUCUCCCACCUCUUGGAGCUGAUUGGAAGUGGGAAGGAGUCACUGAUCUUCAUGAAGAAAAGGAUCAAGCAGUUGGCAGCUCACUGGGCUCUGGCAGCACGACGCCUAGAAGCAAAGCUAAAAGGAGCCAGGAGAGACCAGAAGCAGAUCCUCAUCCAUAUUGGUUUCUUGACAGAGGAAUCUGGGGAUGUGUUCAGCCCAAGGGUACUGAAAGGGGGACCCCUGGGUGAGAUGGUACAAUGGGCAGACAUCCUAGCUGUCCUGUUCGUGCUGGGUCAUAACCUGAAGAUCACUGUGUCCUUGAAAGAGUUGCAGAGUAACUUAGGGGUGCCGCCAGGCCGGGGAAGCUGUCCACUCACAGUGCCCUUGCCGUUUGACCUCAUCUAUACUGACUACCAUGGCCUGCAGCAAAUGAAACAGCACAUGGGACUCUCCUUCAAGAAAUACAGGUGUCGAUUCCGGGUCAUUGACACCUUUGGCACAGAACCUGCAUACAACCAUGAGGAGUACGCCACUCUGCAUGGUUACCGAACCAACUGGGGUUAUUGGAACUUCAACCCAAAGCAGUUCAUGACGAUGUUCCCUCACACACCGGACAACUCCUUCAUGGGCUUUGUGUCAGAGGAGCUCAACUCAACAGAGAAGCAGCUUAUAAAGAACAACAAAGCUAGCAAUAUGGCUGUGGUAUAUGGCAAAGAAGCCAGCAUCUGGAAGAUUCAGGGCAAGGAGAAGUUUCUGGGCAUCUUGAACAAGUACAUGGAGAUCCACGGCACUGUGUACUAUGAGACCCAGCGGCCACCAGAGGUCCCUGCCUUUGUGAAGAACCACGGCCUUCUGCCACAGCAGGAAUUCCAACAGCUGUUGCGAAAAGCCAAGCUCUUCAUAGGGUUUGGCUUCCCCUAUGAAGGCCCUGCUCCUCUAGAGGCUAUUGCCAAUGGCUGCAUCUUCCUGCAGUCCCGCUUCAGUCCACCUCAUAGCUCCCUCAACCAUGAAUUCUUUCGAGGAAAACCCACUUCUCGAGAGGUGUUUUCUCAACACCCCUAUGCUGAGAACUUCAUUGGCAAGCCACAUGUGUGGACAGUUGACUACAACAAUUCAGAAGAGUUUGAGGCUGCCAUCAAGGCCAUCAUGAGGAUUCAGGUAGACCCCUAUCUGCCCUACGAAUACACCUGUGAGGGCAUGCUUGAGAGGAUCUAUGCUUACAUUCAGCAUCAGGAUUUCUGUGCAACCAUAGAACCCUCCCUACUGGUGGUUCCACCCCAACCUGCUCGAGCCCCCACUGCCCUGGCACCCAAUGCCACACACCUGGUUUGGCCCCACAAUGCCAGCCUGGGCUCGGAAGCCUGGCCUCCUGUGCACUCACUUCAGGGCUGGCUGUCAGAGACUGGGAGGACCUGCACGGAUACCUGCUUGGACAAAGGCCUCAUAUGUGAGCCCUCCUUCUUCCACUUCCUCAACACCCAGGAUGCUUUCCUGAAGUUGAAUGUCACUUGUGAUCGAACUGAGUCAGAAAUGAAUCAUCUGUACCCGGCCUUUGCCCAGCUAGGUCAAGAGUGCUACCUGCAGAAAGAGCCGAUACUCUAUAGCUGUGCUGGCUCCAACACCAAAUACCGCCGGCUCUGCCCAUGCCGAGACUUCCAGAAGGGACAAGUGGCCCUCUGCCGGGACUGCUUGUGAUGUCUUCGGGUUGAGCCGGCGGUGGGGGCUGCUGAUAGCUUCCUUUGUACCAACCUUCCUCUAUCUAUACCCUUCUCUUCAUCUCCAUCCCCUAUCUCGCACCUUCACUGAGAACUGUUGAGAACUGCUGGCUACCCUGCCUCAUUACCAGGAGAAAGCACCUGUAGUUUUGGUUCUCCAUGGCCCACCCUCCCUGACUCCAGGCUGGGACAUUCCUAGUGGUGGAAAUGGGUCCUUCUCCAAGGCAGGAAACAUGGUAAUAGUGGAGCAACAAGCCUCCCUGAAGGGAAGGGGAAAAGGACUAGUCUUAUACCAUCAGUCUCAGCUCUAGGCUCGUGAUUCUGACCACUGAAAGGCCUAGACACCAGGGGAUUUAGCUAAGAAGAGGAGAGAUGGGUUAGAAGGCCCCUAAGAAAAAGCAGCCUGAAUCUAGGGGCCCCCAUAAGCUUCAUCUUCUAUGGCCUGCUAAACCAGAUGUAGACCAAGAGAGGGAAAAUUUUAGACAUCUUGGGCCCAGGGCAAGAGCCAUUAAUGUAUAAAUGAGUGGGAACAGAGCGCAAGGAAAGAGGCUAGUUUGAAGGUCCCUACAGAGAGGUCAAGGGAAAGGGCUAUGUCACCCUCCCUGACCUCAAUGCAUGAGACACAUGAGGAAAUUGAACCUUAAUGGUGGUUGCCUUUGGGCAACCUCCUUUAUUUAUGGGAUUUGCAUGAUCAUUCUGGGCCCUGGUCCUCUGCAAGGCAUGGUCAGGGUGGGAGAGUUAGAUGAGGGGGGGCCUGGUAGUCUUUGGUGCUGCCUCUGAUCUCUUGCCUUCCUUCUUCAUGGCUCUUCAUUUAACAGCCAAAGUAGCUGAACAGCUCUCAGGGCCCCAGCAUAACCCACCUUCAAGUAGCAGGGGCCAGCAUUGGGGGUGUGAGGACUGUUACUCAGGCCUUGGGAGCUGAUCUUUCCACCCUGUAAUUCCAAAUUCCCUCUUUUGGGCCUGGGCUUGAAUUCUAUUUAUUUUCCCAGACCCAGAGGCAGUAAGUUUAGUUCUAAAUCAGAAAUAAAACAGCCUAGGCCCAUGGUGCAAAGUCAGUGACCCUGUUAUGAAGGUGCCAGGAGGGGGUAAAAAGGAUGGGAUAACUCUCCCCAAGCCUUCCAGGCAAAUCCCUAGGAUUUCCAAGUCAUUCUGUUGGCAAAAUUUCUGAAGGCUCAGGCCACUGUAGCUUCCUUCCCUCUGCCCCUUAUCUUCAUUUAAAAGAAAUGCAGUUUUCCUGAAACUACUCCAUGGCCCUCUUAAAAAAAAAAAAAAGCCUUACCCUGAGGGUAAAGUUCAGAGCUCCCUUCUGGGUGCUUGCCUACAGAGAGGUUGAAUAUGGGCAUCCGGAGCUGGCUGCACAAGCACAUUGCAAACUUUAAAGUACCACAUGACUAAUUAGUUAAUAUUGUUGUUGUUAUUAUUAUUACUAUUAUUAUAGACCCUGGAUAAAUUUACCUUCCCACUCCAAAGGGGCAAUCCCCCUGCCCUAACAGAAACUGUCCCUCCUGCCUUGGGAAUUCCCAAGCCUCUGGUCAGCUCUUAAGAUUAAUCCACUCCUAUGCAGCAUGUCCUCAGCCCCAAUCCCUGGGGACCCCCUGUCCUAACUCUCCCUUUCACUCUCAUUUCUUUGACCUUACAAAUAGACUAGCCAGGCCCAGAGCCUUCCUGGCUUGGAAAGAUCUGGGUACCCAGGUACACUGCCACACCUCUCCUCCCCUUACUGACUAUCCACCCCUCUGAGGGCUGCCUGCUGUCCUGGAAUGCAACCCCAAGCACCACCACCCCUUUACCCCUUCCCUUAAAAAUUAGGGUGGGGGAAAAUACUACUGAAGGGUAGGGCAGCAUUCCAGGAUCUGGUUUUAGGUUCCCUGACAAAGAAGGCACCCCCAUUCUGACUGAGUGGGUCCCAGCCUGCUCAAAAGCAGGAAACAGAGGACCAGUUAGAAAGUCUUUGGGGCCAGAAAUGACAGCAAGGGCCUGAUUCCUGAUUCUGGGGGUGGGGGUGGGGGGAGCAAUAGAGAAACUUUUUUUUCUCUUUCUUUUUCUUCCUUUCCUCUCUCCUGUC